AUGAAAAUGGAUGGAUGGACGGAUGGAUACAAAAAAGGAUGGAUGGAUGGAUGGAUGGAUGGAUGGAUGGAUGGAUGGAUGGAUGGAUGGAUGGAUGGAUGGAUGGAUGGACACAGGAUGGAUGGAUGGAUGGAUGGACACAGGAUGGAUGGAUACAGGGUGGAUGGACACAGGAUAGAUGGGUGGAUGGGUGGUUGGAUGGAUGCAGGAUGGACGAUUAAUUGCAAAUUAACAAAUAAACCUAGAAAUAACGUUCAAACAGAAUGGAGGCCCACCUACUAA